CCCCUCCCUGCUCUUUCGUCUGGUUUACUCCUGAAACCACUGGAGCAACAACUGGAUGCUUCCAUCUGCUCUCCAUCAUCAUCCAUCAUCCGUCAUCAUCCAUCAUCAUCCAUCAUCAUCCAUCAUCAUCCAUCAUCCAUCAUCAUCCAUCAUCAUCCAUCAUCAUCCAUCAUCAUCCAUCAUCCAUCAUCAUCCAUCAUCCAUCAUCAUCCAUCAUCAUCCAUCAUCAUCCAUCAUCCUCCGUCCUCCAUCCUCCGUCCUCCUCCUCCGUCCUCCUCCUCCGUCCUCCUCCGUCCGUCCUCUGUGUCUCCACCAGCAGCCGAGCGUCAUGCGGCGUCUCCUGGACAGCAGCUGGAUGAAGUUCGGGCCGGCGGGCAGGGGCUCGUACGACUGGGUGACCGGGUCCCCGUCCACGCCGGAGAAGCAGGGCCACAACUGGAAUGAGUUGGACCUGGCGGAGGACAGGAGGUCCGAGCUGGUGGUGUACGUGGUCCUGCCGGUCGUCUCCGUCCUGUUGGUGGCGCUGCUGCUGGGCCUGGUCUACCGCCGCUGGUCCCGCAGCGGCAAGCUGAGCCUGGCCAACGUCAUCGCCCUCGACCUCCCGGACACGGAGAGCAGCGCCGAGUUCCUGUGCUCGCUGACCCGCAACGCCUCGCGCCACACCAGCACCAGCUCGGACGGCUCGGACGGCGUCUUCGUCAUGGUCUACCUGCCGCCGCCCUACGAAGAGACCCUCACCAAGAUCACCCGCGCCGCCAGCCUGUCCAGCUCCAAGGACGUGGAGUCGAUGAAGAUAGAAGAGCUGGAGGCCGCGCUGUGUCCGGAGCUCAGGUGCAGCGGGCGAUACGUGUGACCGAGACCGUCUAACUCCAAAGUCUGGUGUUUUCUAAGUUGUCUGUGAGUUAUGUCUGUCGAUAGAGCUCUUUGAGCCUCUGUUAGCGCAUAGUUGUGGUACGUUCACCGUGUGGUUCACUCUCAUCACAAACCUCGUGUCCAGCGGCAGCAGCAGUUCCAGCACCUGCCCAGCAGGGGGCAGCAGACAGACACUGUCAGAGAGGAGGGCGGCGGCUCACAGCGCAGCUCAACCAGAGCGACAGGAGCGGACCCAACGCACGUGAUGACGGCGUGUGAAGAUGUUGCUGCGUGCGUGUUGUCAGCUGGUUGUCUUCUGCCCUCUAGUG